CUUUUUGGCUAUUGAGUAUUGUCAGUGAUUUUCAUUCGUGUGACUACUGAAUUGCUGUAAAAAUGAAUUCCCUUCUGCGUAAAGCGGCCAUCCAGUAUAUCAGGACCAACGCCCGUUCUGCUACCCAUGCUGCCACCGCUGGAGGCCAUGGAGGUGGCUACCAGCUGUGGAAGAGGAUGACUUUCUUCAUUGCUUUCCCCGCUGUUGGUCUCGGUAUGAUCAAUGCUUACUUGGCUCACCAGGAGCAUGGUCAUGAUGAACAGCCCCCCUUCGUGCCCUACGAGUACCUGCGCAUCCGCUCCAAGCGUUUCCCAUGGGGUGAUGGCCAGAAGUCGCUCUUCCACAACCCCCAUGUCAACGCUCUCCCCAGCGGCUACGAGCAUUAAUAACUUGCAAUAAAAUGUAUAGUAGCGCAAUUUCGCGGACAACACGCUUAGAUUACAAAUUAAACUGUAUUGUGAUAAGUACCUAAAAUAAAAUCUUCAAAAAUUU